CAGGCGUGAGUUUUCUUUGCGAAGACGCGGCAUCCAGAGCAACAACAACUUCAGUUUGAGAAGAAACGUACUGCGAGUAGGAGUGCGUCAUGUCAAGUGAAAUUAAACUUGGUGAUCUUGUUUGGGCGAAAAUGAAGGGGUUUUCCACUUGGCCGUCUCGUAUCGUCAAGCCGGGGCCCAACGUGAGGAAAAACUCAAAAAAAGGACAAAGAUGGGUGUACUUUUUUGGCACGCACGACUACGGCUGGAUAGAAGAGACCAACAUCAAACCGUAUGCGGAAUAUAAAAAUAAAUUUUCUAACGGUUGCAACAGUGCAAAGUUUAAACAGGGGAUACACGAGAUUGAGGACUUCAUAAGCAAGCAAAUAGAAAACCCCGAAUUUGAGCGCAUAGAGGAAGACUCCAUUAUGGAGGAUGAGUCGGAUGACGACAAAUUCAACAUGUUGGCUUCUUCGUCUGCACCAUCGCCCAAGAAAGCCCGAAAGAGUUCCGAUUCAAAGAGAUCAUCGGACAGUUUUCGCAGUUCUGUUACCAAAAAAGUUAAGCACUCACAGUCACCAAGGGAAGAAAAUGGCGUUUCUUCUUAUUUAGGAAAUGAGCUUCUCAAUCUUCCAUCUGUUAUGAGUGCACCAGAAACUCCACCAGUGGAUCUGUCAAACUUCAGCGACCUUUUGAAAAACAAAAACAUAACGCCUUCGACGUUGACGUUCGGGUUUUUGGGCGUCGGCGUCAUCGGCUCCGGCAUCGUCAAGAAUCUCAUCAACUCAGGGCACAGGGUCAACUUGUGGAGCAGAUCAUCCAGAAAGUGUGACGAGAUCAAAUCCCAAGCUGACGCAAACAAAGUUGGACAGGUCGUGACGUAUCAAGCACCUUGUGACGUUGUACAAAAUUCGGACAUUAUUUUCAGUUGUUUGACCGAUCCCAGAAUUGCAAAAGAGAUUGUGCACGGUAAUUGCGGUGUGGUGCACUCGGCAGCCGACGGGGACGGCUUGGAGAACAAAGGCUACGUCGAGAUGACCGGCGUGGAUCCGGAAACGUCGAAGGACAUCUGCGAGAUAAUCAAAUCGAAAGGCGGCAGGUACCUGGAGGCGCAAGUGCAAGGCAGCAAGAACGAGGCCGACGAGGGCAGCCUGGUCAUCUUGACGGCCGGCGACCAGUCCCUCUUCCUGGACUGCCAGUCGUGCUUCAAGGCCAUGGGCAAGGCGUCGUUUUUCCUCGGCGACGUGGGCUACGCCACCAAGGUCAACUUGAUCUUGCACUUGAUGAAGGGCAUCGCGCUGGUGGGUCUGGCCGAGGGCCUGGCUCUGGCCGACCGUUGCGGCAUCUCCUCGAAGGAUUUGCUCAAGAUCUUCAACCUGACCAACUUGGCUUGCCCGUUUUUGUCGUCCAAGGCGGACCAAAUAGUUACGAAAGACUUUAACAGGGUGGAGCAGGCGAUCCAGCACAUGCAGAAGGACAUGAAGUUGGUUCUGGACCUCUCCAACAACUUGAAGCAGCCUCUGCUGAUGACCUCGACGGCCAACGAGGUGUUCAAGCAUGCGCGUCGCCUUGGCUACGACGACCACGACGUGUCUUGUAUCUACAUGCGGACGAGGCAUUAGGAAAUUGCCGAUUGUUAAGUUAAAUUCGAAUGCGUUGCACUGGCGUGCAAUAUUAUACUUAUAUUGUUCGGUAUUUUUAAAUGGUCCCAGGACCAGACACAUACUGAAUGUACUUUGUUUAGUUUUAUCCCCCUUCCCUUUAUUUCUUAUCACUUUUAUAAAAUUUACCAUAUAUAUUUUUAACGUGUGACUUCUUUGUAAUGUUUUAAUUUUCGGUUCAGUUUAAAUUAGUAACUUUAUAAGACACAUGUUGUGCCUAUAGAUUAAAAAUGAAAUAAAGUUUCUAGUAUUUCUAUUAUUUUCUUAGUUAUUAUUAUUAUGGAUUUUCUUUAAUUUCUUUAAUAAAGUAUACUAUUUUU